AGCCAAGGGUCUCCAACCAAAGUUUUCAUGCAACAAAGGAGCUUGCUAUUGACGGAUGACGUCACAGAAAAGCAAACAGCUGAAAGGGGGAGGUGUGAAGAUGAGGCCGAUGUUGAUCCUCUGUCAGAAAACUCCGGUGAGAAACCAUCUGAUGUGUCAAACUUCUCCCAGCACAAGAAGAAACGUACAAGAAAAAGGCGCCACAAGUGCGACCAGUGUGAGUAUUGGACAGCUAGGAAAGGACAACUGGAACAACACAUGACUGUACACACAGGGGAGAAACCUUACAUGUGUGACCGAUGUGGCUUCUGCACAGCUUGGAAAGGACACCUGGACAGACACUUGGCUAAACACACUGGUGAGAAACUGUACAAGUGUGACCAGUGUGACUUCUGCACAGCUAGGAAAGAACAGCUGGACCUUCACAUAGCCGAACACACUGGGAAAAAGCCCUACACGUGUGAGUAUUGUGGGUUCAUGACAGCUAUCAGGGCUCACCUGUCAAGUCAUAUGAAGAAACACACAGGAGUGAAGCCGUACAAGUGUGACCAGUGUGAUUACUGCACGGCUUGGAAAGCGAACUUAAACAAACACAUGGCUAUAAAACACACAGGUAUGAAACCCUACACGUGUGAAGAGUGUGGGUUCAGGACAGCUUACAGAGUUAGCCUAUCUCGUCAUAUGAAGACACAUAUAAGAGAGAAGGCAUGCAAGUGUGCCCUGUGUGACUACUGCACAGCUAGGAAACAAGACCUGAAUGUCCACAUGACGACUAAACACGCCGGUGUGAAACCCUACAUGUGUGGGGAGUGUGGGUACAGGACAGCGUACAAGUCUAACCUAUCAAGUCAUAUGAAGAUACAUACAGAAGAGUACAAGUGUGACCGGUGUGAUUACUGCACAGCUAGGAAACAAGACCUGGAACGACACAUGGCUAAACACACAGAUGAGAAGCCCUACAUGUGUUGUGAGUCUGGUUUAUCAAGUCACAUGAAGACACCUCCUGAAGACUUGCAUACAGGAGAGAAACCGUACCAGUGCGACUAUUGCAAGAACUGGAAGCCAGACUUGCUUAACCAAAUAUCUAAAAACUCUGGUGAGAAGCCCUACAUUUACAUGUGUGGGCAGUGUGGGUUCAGGACAGAUUAUAAGUCUUUCCUUUCCAGACAUGUAAAAAUGCAAUCAUAAGUAAAGUGUUAGUAUUCGGUUAUAAUUGUCAUUAAGGCCGUCUAGAUCUGUACCAACAGGUAGCCAAGCAUGUUCCAGUUAGAGAUAUGCCGUACAAAAGGCUUAUAAUUUUCAGUAAUUACUGCCUAUUGUGUGUAGUGGCACAAAGAAUGAAACUGUGCAAGAUUCCUCACUGCAGGGUUCUCGCCAGAAUUUUUUCAGUGCAGUUACUGCAGGGGACAUCUAAAAAUACAGUUAAAUCAUGAGACAAGCAGCUCAGGCAUGAGCUGAAAAUGAAUGAAUGAGCAUAAUUUUGCCACUGUGAAAAUUCUUAAAUUUGCAAUUGUCAGAAACAUAUUUUCUCAAUGUUGAGGGCCAAAAAUAAUGAAAUAAAGCUAACAUUUAAAAAAAAAUCUUUUUGUUCAUUUCAAAAGUAAAACUGGCUUCUAUGAACCUUAAGUAGUUGUAGUAUGGUAGGCAUCGUUACAGACGUACAAUCCAGAAAGUGUCAUACGUGAAAAUUGCUGGAGAGUGGCAUUGGAAAGAUCAGAUCUCGACAUGCCAUCCGCCACCCCAACCCCAACCCCAACAGACUUUUUAUAAACUCUAUUAACCCAGUUGUGUUCAUGUUUUGUACUGCGCUGCUUAGUUUAGCUACCAUUUACACCAGUUGUAUGGUAGGAUUUGUAGAUUUUAGCAUAGUGUUGUGAGUCUUUUUGAACAUGUACAGUUACAGUAGGACUUGUACCA